AUGAAGCUUCUCUACAUCGGAAUCCUGCAAAAUGCCCAGCAGCCGGCGGUGGAGCUCUGCGCGGAGCGUGAGCUGAGCAGCUACUCGCGCUUCACCCGAGGCAGCAUCAGCGAGUUCAUGACCAUGUUCAGCAAGACCGUCGCCGAACGCACAAAGCAGGGCCAGAGACAGGAUAUUCAAGAGCAAGACUUCACAUUCCACGUCUAUGCGCGAACCCAGGGCGUCGCCGGUGUGAUCAUCAGCGACAACGAAUAUCCGUCGCUCGCGGCUCACCAGAUCCUCUCCAAGACCCUCGACGAGUUCCUCGCCCAACACCCCAACGCCGGCACCGCCACCCAACCCAUCGACUUUCCCUCCCUCAAGACCUACAUCACCGCCUACCAGGACCCGCACCAGGUCGACAGUAUCCUGAAGAUCCAGAAGGAACUGGACGAGACCAAGAUCGUGCUCCACAAGACCAUCGAGAGUGUGUUGGAACGUGGAGAGAAGAUCGACGAUCUGGUCACAAAGAGCGAGGGACUCAGCUCGCAGAGUAAGAUGUUCUACACGAGUGCGAAGAAGCAGAACAGCUGCUCGGCCUGCUGUGUGAUGUAG